AUAGUAAUAUUACAUAUCGUCGACGAGAAUAUAUAUAUAUGGGCUGCAGGUGGUCCACCGUGGCUCGGAGUCGGUCGUCAUAUAAUGAUCCGGUGAUGAUGAGUAAGGUUCUCCCAGAUGGGUAGCAUGCAAUGCUCCCACGUGGAUGUAUUCGUUCAUUGAUGAUAAGGCCGGCCGGGUUAAAUACAAAUAUAAAUAUGAGAGUCAGUGUACGUACAUGAUAAUAGGAUAUAUCAAGUGGUACGUUUCGAAGAAUAGAUAUAUAGAUAUGGAAGCUAACAAAGAGAGAAGAGAGCAGCAGCAGCAGCAGCAAAUAAUAUUGGAGAAGAAGAAGAAGAAGGAGGAGGAGGUGGUGGAAAAGAAAGAUGAUCCGAUGGAGAAGGGGAGAGAGGUGAUACGAGAAAGCAUGAUGAGUACGUGCGAUGCGAGUAAUCCGGAUGAUAUUCUGGCCUACUCUCGCUCCGUUCAGAAACAUGAUUCUUCUCUCGAGUGACUUCAAUUCUACUCCAUCUUCUGUUCUGUGCUGUUCCAUUUCAUAUUAACUGCCUGCCUCAUCGCUUCUUAAUUAGCCGUCAUAAUCACUUUGUACUUGUGCCUACGUAUGUUAUUAAUACCACAAACAACUACGUUCUUUUCUUUAUUUCAUUCAAA